UAACCAAGCAACCGGUAAGUUGAUAUUCAAAAGCUUGCCUGUGAUUUAUCAGAUAAAAGAAUGCUGAUCAUCUUUAAAACCAACCAGGGGAAGAAACAGGGGCACAGCAGUGGCGACACAGGAGACGGACACAAACUGUAGCCAGGCUAGAGGCAGACUACUCUGGUGCAGUCCAGGAUGAGAACGGUAGUCUCCUUGAAGUAAGUCAGAAGACCUUUUUCCCUGGGGAGGAGGAGAUAAAACUUGGAAGGAGAAUAAUUAAUAGCAGAGUGCUCCAGCUGUCAUCAUAACACAGCAGCCUCCAGACCUCCUCGCUGUAAUGGCUACCAGUAUAGUGGAUGACACUAGCGUGUCUGGAGCCCUGCUGCUGCUGCUGCUCUGUCUCCUGCUCAUCACGACCCGGUGCCUCACUAACRCCUCACACAUACCAGGUCCUUUCUUCUGGGCUGGUCUGGGUCCAAUCAUGUCCUACUCUAGGUUCAUCUGGAGCGGGAUAGGAACAGCCUGUAACUACUACAACAAGAGAUAUGGGAGUAUGGUUCGGGUCUGGAUCAACGGAGAAGAGACUCUCAUUCUUAGCAAGUCCUCUGCUGUCUACCAUGUCCUGAAGAGUGCCCACUACACAGCCCGGUUUGCCAGUAAACAGGGACUGCAGUGUAUCGGGAUGGACGGGAGAGGUAUCAUCUUUAACAGCGACAUCCCACUCUGGAAAAAAGUGAGGACAUAUUUUGCGAAAGCUCUGACAGGACCUGGUCUGCAGCGGACAGUAGGGAUCUGUGUGAGUGCUACAGACAGACACCUGGAGCGUCUGCAGGAGAUGACUGACCCCUCCGGACACGUAGAUGUUCUCAACCUGCUGAGAUGCAUCGUAGUGGACAUUUCUAACAAACUGUUCCUCCGGGUGCCUCUCAACGAGAAAGAGCUGCUAUUGAAGAUUCAACACUACUUUGACACCUGGCAAACGGUUCUGAUCAAGCCUGAUAUCUUCUUCAAAUGUGGAUGGAUGUACAAGAAGCACCAACAAGCAGCCAAGGAUCUACAGGAUGUGAUGGAAAGCCUUAUUGAAACCAAAAGAAGAAUUAUCAGUGAAUCUGAAAAACUGGAUGAUGAUAUUGACUUCACCUCAGAACUCAUCUUUGCCCAGAACCAUGGAGAGCUGUCGGCGGACGACGUGAGACAGUGUGUGUUGGAGAUGGUGAUAGCAGCCCCAGACACUCUGUCCAUCAGUCUGUUCUUCAUGCUCAUGCUGCUGAAGCAGAACCCUGAGGUGGAGAUGAGGAUUGUAGAGGAGAUCAGCACUCUCAUAGGAGAGAAGGAUGUCAUGACAGUUGACUUCCAGAACUUCAGAGUGCUGGAGAGUUUUAUCAAUGAGUCCAUGAGGUUCCAUCCUGUGGUAGACUUCACCAUGAGGAAGGCGCUGGAAGAUGACAUCAUCGAUGGGACUAAGGUUUCCAAGGGAACCAACAUCAUCCUCAACAUAGGGCUCAUGCACAAAACAGAGUUCUUCCCCAAACCCAACGAAUUCAGCUUGGAGAACUUUGAUAAAACUGUGCCCAGUCGUUUCUUCCAGCCGUUCGGCUGUGGCCCCCGCUCCUGUGUGGGUAAACACAUCGCCAUGAUGAUGAUGAAGGCUGUCCUGGUGACGCUGUUGGCGCGGUACACGGUGUGUCCUCGUCAUGGCAACACACUGAGCAGCAUCAGGCAGACAAACAACCUGUCACAGCAACCCGUGGAGGAUGAACACAGUCUGGCAAUGAGGUUCAUACCAAGACAGAUGACCACAACCUAACCACAACCACUACUGACCACAACCACUACUGACCACAAUCACUACUGACCACAAUCACUACUGAC